UAAAAAAAAAAAAAACAAAAACCAAAAUGUAUUCAAGAAAUUAUGAUAGAAAAAAUUUACCAAAAUCAAGUGGACAUGAAUCAACUUUGUACAAAUCAAUUCAUCCACUUGUUAUUAUUUUUCGUUCAUUUGGAAUUUCACCAUAUGAAUUUAAUGAUAGAAAUAAAUUAGUAUUAUCAUAUAAAAAUAUGAUUUAUACAUUUUUAUUUAUUAUUAUUUAUACACUAUCAAUUUGGAGUGUUUGCAGUAAAUUAACUGGUGUUGAUAGAAAUGGAAAAUCAAUAUUUGGAAAUAUUGAAAUUGUCAAGGUAAAAAAUGCACUUUCAAAUUAUAUCGUUGUUAUGAUUGAUAUUAUCAUGACAUUAUUAACAAUAAAAAAAUUUACAAAAAUAUAUAAUAUGAUACAAAGUUAUGAUGAAAUAAUAAAUUCAAUGGGUUACAUAAAUAAUGAAAAAAAAACUGGUAUUUUGGUGUGGUUGAUAAUAUCAUUUAAUAUUGUAAUUUGGCUGGCAAUUAAUCAAGCUGGAAUGAAUGCAUUUGAUCAAUCAUUUGUUGAUAAUUUGAUUUAUAUGAUUAUCUAUGUUGGUUCAUCAGUAUCUGUUACGAAAUUUAGUCUAAUUGCUUGGGUUUUGAGUACAAGAUUUGCUCAUUUAAAUUUCAUUGCUAAUGAAAAUAUUAUUGAUGGAAUUUUUAUUGAACGGCUUUAUGAUGUUUUGAUGACUUCUGGUGAACAAUUGGAAUUUAUUUAUUCAUGGUCUUUGAUACUUUGGCUUGGUAAUUUGACAUUACACAUUGUCAGUGAUCUUUAUUUUCUCAGUGAUGGAAUACUUGAAGUAAAUAUAUCAUAUUCACUUAUGAGUUGUCUUUUAGCCUGGUUAUCAACAUUUAUUUGGCAAAUUAUUUUACUCAAUUGGGCAUGCCACACUGCAUCUCAUGAGGUCAAUUUAAAUUUUAAAUUUGCUAAUUCUAUUGGAUAUACUCUUUUUAAAUCCAAACAUCGAUGUAAUAAAUCAAUGAAUGUUAAGCAUUAUCUGCAUAUGAUUACUCGUAAAUUGGAUUUUACAGCUGCUGGAUGUUUUGUUGUUAAUUUAUCACUACUGAGCAUAAAUUCUGAUGAUGAAUCUUUUUACAAAUCAAUUCAACCAAUUCUCGUUAUUGCACAAGUAUUCGGUAUACUUCCUGUAUCAAAUGUGCUUUAUAAAAAUCCAGUUAGAACCUUGACAAUAAUACCUGAAAAUUUAACUGAUGUACUAUCAACACAAAUUACAUUUGCAAUAUUUUAUACAAAUGGAUUGUGUUGUAUUUUAUUUUUUUACUGGCUAUCACCAAAGUGGAUAAUACUUCAACAAAAUUGGAAUACAAUGGAAAAACAACUAGACAAUUUUGAUGGAGUUAAAACUCGACUCAAAUGGAAAUUAUCAACAAUAUCUUUGACUGUCAUGUUUUUAGCAAUUGUUGAACACAUUUUGUGGUUUUGUGUUAAGGUAUCUAAAACUACCAUAGUUGAACAUUUUAGAAUACUCGGAAGAGAUUUUAUUCUUGCCUGGAAUUCUGAAACAAUAAUACUGGAAAGUUUAAGCAUUUGUUUUACAGUGGGUAUUUGUUUAAAUAUUAAUAAUAUUAUUACAACAUUUGCUUGGAAUUUUGCAGAUGUAUUUAUCAUAUUGGUCUCAAUUGGUCUUGCAGAAAAAUACAAAAGUCUUAAUGAAAAUGUUAUAAAAUUAGUGACAUCCAAUAAAGCAUAUACAGUUAAUUGGAUUAAAUUUAGAAAAAAAUAUACAUUAUUGAGAAAUCUCGUGAUACAAACAGACGAUGUCAUAUCACCUCUGGUACUUUUAUCAUUUACUAAUAAUUUAUAUUUCAUUUGUCUUCAAUUAUUUAAUGGACUCAGAAUAAAACGUAAUGAUGCUUUGGAGAAGAUUUAUUAUUUUGCAUCAUUUGGAUUUUUGGUUUGUAGAAUUUGUUGUGUAACACUAUUUGCAUCAAGAAUACCAGAGCAAUGUAAAAAUUCAUUGACUGCAAUUUAUUCAUCUCCAACAUCGUAUUUUACGAUUGAAGUAUCAAAAAGUUUUAUGGAAUUUAUUUUUAUUGUUAUACAUGGCUAA